AUGAAGACAAUAGUGCUGAUAAUACGCAACUUAUUCUUGAUAACUGCUGCACCAUUGGAUCAGCAUCAUGACAGAGAAGCCAGAUCUGCGAGUGAAGAGGAGGGGAUGCAAGCCUUGCUUAAUCAGAUGAGGGACACUCUAGCGAGUGUCAAUAAACCCCCAACCCAACUGCCCCCCACCCCACCCCACCCAAUCGCUGAUCCAACCCCAAAACCAGCAGGUCUCCAGCUACAAGAACCUUCUCCGCAGGUCCAGACAGCAUACAUCCUCAAUCCACUAUCUCCUGUUCCUGUUGGCCCUCCUGUAGACCCCAAACCAGUACAGCAACCCUCUGUGCCACAGAUUAACCUUUUCAUCUCCGGCCUUCCCCAGCAGGACAGGGCAACAGCAGCAGAACCUCCUAAACAAGCACCCUCACAGCAGCUAAUGCUGGCCAAUCCAGAGUCAAUGCCUGCUCUUCAAAAUCCUGCUCAGGUUGUGGCACUUCCGGCUCCGUACAGCUCCAUUCUGCCUCAGAAUGCCAUAGUAAUGCCAUUCAGCAUUCCCUCUCAGGGAUAUCCACACAUGAUCGGUCCUGCUUUCUUCGGCCCAGAGACUAACCCAUACUUUCAGCCUGUAAAUCCUCUUCUAGGUUCUCAAACUUUUGGUCCGUACCCUUUUUAUCCACAGAUGUAUCCUCCUAAUCCCUAUUUUAACUAUGGUAUGCCUAAUGUGGCGGUAACACCCUCCAUCAUACUCAGGGAGCGUGGGCAGACACUUACUACACAGGGGUAA